GACUUGAAUUGGCUUGUCGUGACUGUGCUCUGACAGCCAGUAUGAAUCGGCGUAAUUACUGUUACAUUUUCUGUAGCUGUUAGUGUGUGAAAGAUUUUUGGAUGAAUAAAGAAAUAAAUUUUAUGUGUUGACAAAGAGAACGCUAUAAAAAUUGUGGUUUGAGAGACCAAACAUAGCAUGAAAUUGGGUUAUAUGCGGGCAAUAGCUAGCUCACGAGUAUGAUGUGACAAUUGUGAAACUAAAAAUGACAGGUAUUCGAAAUGCCUACGUUAAUGAAUAUAAUAAAAUUGUAAACAGCAUUUGAUGUUGGCUGCCUUGGAGUGUGCGUACCAGCCAGAGAUCACUAAUAUCAACUUAUUUAGUAAGUAUCACUGAUGUUAUGUGAAUGGGGAUUGUAGAUUGUAAACAUGGCAGCGCCUGUAGGGAUUGAUGGGCUGGAUCCACCGCAGAAUCCUGAUACUCACGGAGCUCCUCAUGGCAGGCUUGAUCCCCAGUUUUCACCUCAGAUGCCUUACCGGCUUACGAUGGAAGAAGUAAGAGUACUAAGACAGUGCAACCGAGAUAGUUUCUAUCAGAGAUCGUUACCUUUCGCAACAAUUUUGGGUGGUACAACCUAUUUAGCCGUGAAGUCAGGUUACUUCAAGGCUCACCCUCGUUUCGGUGCCACCCCAAAAGUCAUUGUGGCAGGCCUCUUGGGUUAUUUUGUGGGGAAAGUAUCAUACCAGAGCAGAUGUGCUGAGAAAUUGAUGCAGCUUCCCAACAGUCGUAUUGGAGAAGCUCUAAGGCAAAGGAAGAGACAAGGAAAUCAAGAAAUACUAACAAUGGAUCCAAGUUUUGGUGCUGGAGUGUCAUUACCAACAUUUGGAAGUUUGGAUACAUUCUCAGAUGUAGGGCCACAACAUGACUUGGAUUCUGGAUAUCCAGCGAGUGAAGGGUUAGAUGAUACGUACAGGCCAACUCUCGACUCACCAGCAUUUGAAGAAGAGAUGCCUUUGCCUGAGGCACAGCAGCGUUCUACAACAUAUGAAGAACUACGUAGGAAGAACAGAGAAGAAUAUGAGCAAAAGAAAACAAAACCAUACAGAGGUAUAACGGGUACUGAUGAAGUGCCUACUGUAAUUCGUCAACAAACACCAUUGGAGGAACAGGCACCCAAAAGACCUACACCACCACCUUCUUGGAACAAACCAAAAAACAAAUAUGGAGAUGUGUGGGAAGAAUAACAUAUUUGCUCCGUUGCGGUCUUUAUGUGCGGAUUUUUUAGAUUGUCUUUUAUGAGGUAUUCGGCAAUAAAUUGUUUGGCUAUUAUUUUAGCAGAAAAUAUUUUUGAGUGAUUAUGUUUUUAUGAUGAAUAUUUGCAGUUGAUCAACAUAUAUGCUAAUUUUCCAAAAACUUGUUUCAAAUAUAUUGAUACAAUUUUAUCGCUAUUUA